AUGCAACAGUAUCACGAGAGAUACAAAUACGGGAACCACAGCACUGUGCUAGGAGCGCUGAGAGCAACCUACUACAUUCCAAAGCUACUGGGAGAAUACCGGCGGAUAAGGAAGAAAUGCCAAAAAUGCAAAGUGGACAACGCGCUACCGGAAACGCCUCUAAUAGGGAUCGACUACUUCGGACCGUUUCUAGUAGCUGUAGGACGUAGAGUAGAGAAGCGGUGGGGAGCAAUAUUUACCUGCCUCACCACUAGAGCGGUCCACUUGGAAGUAGCGGCAUCCCUGAACACCGCCUCAUGCAUCUUGGCGAUACGGCGGUUCAUCGCGAGACGAGGGACGCCUCACGACAUGAUUAGCGACCGAGGCACUAACUUUGCCGGAGCCUCGCGCGAGCUGGAUGAAGCGCUACAGGAACUUGACCACGACGCGUUGAUGAAAGAGUUUUGCGGACCGCGAUUGAAGUGGACCUUCAACCCACCAGGGGCACCACACUUCGGCGGCUGCUGGGAACGCAUGGUGCGCUCCGUGAAGAAGAUCCUGAACCAGUGUGUGUUCCCUAGACGCCCUACGGAUGAAAUACUAAUGUCAGCCUUUACCGAAAUCGAGUUCAUUUUGAACUCUCGACCGCUCACAUACGUACCAUUAGAAGAUGAACUGGCUGAACCCAUAACACCGAACCUUCUACUACUUGGAAGUUCGGAUGGAAGCAAACCACCGGCUAAGUUUUGCGACAAUCCUGUUGCAAUAAAAUCCGCCUGGAGGAUGGCGCAACAUGCCGCGGAUCUAUUUUGGAAGCGGUGGGUAGCUGAGUACUUAGCUACUCUUACGCGUCGAACCAAGUGGUUCCGACCUGUACGGCCCCUUAAAGAACUGCUGGCCGAAAGGACGCGUAGUGGCGACAAUAGUAGCGAAGGACGGUCAGGUUAG